AUGGACAACCCCAAGAAAGAGAGGAUCGGGCCUCUUGGAAGCACUGCGCAACUGCUGGAACUGCCAACCUCCUCUAUUCACCACACUGAAACCAAGCCAAAUCAAAUAACCAUGGGAUACACUGAUCUUCACGAACUAGCCAAAGGAUGGAAGGCUGCCAUUGCCCGUGCCACUGAUCCAGCUACCAAACACGAAACUCAAAUCAAGAAUGAUCGUGGUAACUUGCCUUUGCAUUCGGCCACUUCGUUCCGUGCUCCUUUGGAAGUAGCUGAGGCCCUUUUGGAAGCCUACCCUGAAGCUGCUUCCAUCACCAACAACUAUGGUAAUCUUCCAUUGCACUUUACUGCCUGGAAGAAGGGACCCUUGGAAGUCGAAAAGGUUUUGCUCAAGAUUUACCCCGAAGGCGCUGCCCAAAAGAACAACCACGGUAACUUGCCUUUGCAUUAUGCGGCUCACUACAAUGCUCCUUUGGAAGUUGUAGAAGCCUUGUACAAUGCCUACCCUGAGGGAGCCACCAUGAAGAACAAUGACAACAACACCCCUCUGGAUCUUGCCAUUGCCGAUGGAGCGUCUCCCAAUGUCGUCUCUCUACUACAAGGCAAAAAGGUUCCACCCACAGAGGACGAACUCUUGGAAAAGGCCAAGAGACGUUGUGAGGCAGCGGAACGUGAAUUUGCACGAGCCCAAGAGGCCACUCAGGGAACCAACGACGAAAUGGAAGAGGUUCUGGGUCUGCUCAUGGACAUUUAUGAGGGACACAAACAUGCCUUGUAUUCGGCUGGAAUCAAUCCGGACAAUGCCGGUACGGCCGAAAACAUGAUGGACCAGGUCCGCAAGGCGGCAGCGGCCGACAAUCCCAUGACCGGAGGCAUGGACGAAGGAUUCAUGGCCCGCAAUGAAGUGGAAGAAGAGGCCCAACUCAUUGAAGAUGCCCUCUGUCCACCAGAUGAUCUCGUGGAAUUGGCUCUUUCCAAAAUUGUUGGCUUGGAAACGGUCAAGAACCAAGUCCGUGGCCUGCGUCGGACCAUGGAGGUUCAAAAGUACGCUCCCGGAGCGAGAAUUUGUCCUCAUCACAUUGCACUCCAAGGUAAUGCUGGAACGGGCAAGUCCAUGGUGGCCAAGACGUUGGCAGAAACCUUUUUUGAUGUCGGUGUCACCAAGAACAAGAAUUUUGUCGUCUGUGGACGUGAUGAUUUGAUUGAUCGCAAGAGCGAGGCUCGGACCAUCUUCAAGACUCGCCAAGUCUUGCAAAAGGCCAAUGGUGGGGUCUUGGUCUUGAACGAAGCUUAUACUUUGUUGCCAUCGACAGCUCGUCCUCGUGGAAGAGAUCAUGGUGGUGCCGCUCUUCGUGAAAUUGCUCGUUGUUUGCCAUCUGGAAACCCGGUUGUUAUCUUGACGGGCAAUCCAUUGAAUUUGCAACGAAUUUUGUCAUCGGAAAUUGGUUUCAAGAACUAUUUCUUGACUCGCAUUGAAAUUCCUGAUCCAUCUUCUGCAUCCAUUGCCCGCAUGUUCUUGUCCAAGGUUGGAGCGAAGGGAUUCAUUGCCGGUGAUGGUGUGACUGUCGAAUACUUGGCGGAUUUGAUCAGCACCAACACGGAUGACGAAUGGCGUGCGGAACGCAACGGUCGCAUUUCCGAUUUGCUCUUGCAAGGAGUUCGUGCCGAAAUUGGCAAACGCAUCAACUUUGAUGACGCUGCCAGCAAGGUUUCCAUCUCCCCCAUCAAGAUGAUGAGUCCCGGACAAAGUCGAAUGCCUGCCUUUUCGCCCGAGGAAAUCUUUAUUACGGUGGAAGACGUUCAAAACGCUAUUGUCAAUGGCAUGUAA